AUGGGUGACCUGCGGCUGCUUCUGCUCCUGCCUCUGUCCUUGGCAGCCUUCCAUGGGGUCAAAGGCUGUUUGGAGUGUGACCCCAAAUUUGUAGAGGAUGUUGACACCUUGCUGUCAGAAUUGGUACCCCCAGAUGUCCCUGACCGAGCUCAGGUGCUUGCACGGCAGAGUAAGGAGAUGAUCCGUGUAAGCUUCGAUGUCUCCCACAGUGACAAGAAACUUCGGGUCCUGGCCGUUCAGAAGGUUGUCAGUCUGAGAAAAUGGCUGAAGAAUGAACUUCAUAAACUGGACAAUGAAACAUGGAAAGGUGUCUUUAUCCUUCAAGGCAAGCUUCUCAAGAUCCGCAGAAACCUGGAAUCUAAAGUGAAGACAUCAUUAAGGAACUUCUCUGAAGUGGCAUGUUCUGAAGAUUGCAUUGUGGUUGAAGGUCCCAUCCUUGAUUGUUGGACCUGUCUUCGGAUGACCACCAGGUGCUUCAAAGGAGAAUAUUGUGGAGAUGAAGAUGUCAGGAUGGCUGAGAGUAAAGAGAUUUCACUAUUUCUGACAUUACUGUCAAUAAUUGUUAUGCUGGGAUGUCUUGUCUUGCUACAUUAUAUUUGUGUUCUUCAUCGGAUGAAUAUGCUGGUGGUACGAAAGUCACUAAAGGAAUAUUUGAAGGAUAAAGUUGAAGACAUACUGCGAAGGAUAGAUGGGAAAGAGCACUCUGUCACAAUCCCAAGAGCAAAUAUAUCCACGCAGACAGGAAAUCUUCGAUUCUAA